GAGAGAUUGAGAUAAAGUGAUCCAAGUAAGAGGACUUGUACAUUCUCAGUUCAAUUGGAAUCCUUCUCCCUCCCUACAUCUCUGUGUUCAGUGGUAUCCACACGAACCCAUUUGAGUUGAAUCAUCUUCUUUCACAAAAACCCUACAUUUCAAUACAAACUCAUCGGUUGCAUCUUGAUUCAAUGUUCAAAACAUUUCUCAACCGCAAUGCUUUCGCCAUAUCAAAAACCUCAACAGCACUCCAAUAUUCUCUCAGAUUCCUCACCACUGCCAUCACUUCCGAUUCAAAUUCAUUCGCUGUAUCCUACCUCAUCCACAAAUUCGGUUUCACACCUGAAUCCGCACUCAAAGCUUCCAAACAGCUUUAUUUCAAAACAUCACAAAAACCUGAUUCAGUUAUCAACUUCUUCAAAAAUCACGGUUUCAAUGACUCAGAUAUACAAAACAUCAUCAAAAGAGAACCAUGGCUUCUUUCCUGCGAUACCCACAAAAGAAUUCUCCCAAAGUUUCAAUUUUUACUCUCCAAAGGUGCUUCUACCUCUGACAUUCUUCGUAUUGUUGUAGGUAACCCUAGAUUCAUGAAAUCAAGUUUGAAGAAUCGUGUUAUCCCUAAUUAUAAUUUGAUUACUCAAUUCCUUAAAUCUAAUCAAAAAGCUAUGUCUUCUGUAAUUUUAUGUCCUUCUUUGAUUUGUUGUAAUUAUAUGAUUUCUAAUAUCAAUUUGAUGAUUGAUAAUGGUGUUUGCAAUACCAGCAUUUAUAGAAUUCUCAGUACUAGACCUAAUGCUAUCUUUCGUGUUCCUAGAAAGGUAGGCGAGACUAUGAAUGAAUUGAAAAAUAUGGGAUUUGAUCCUACUAGAUAUAACUUUGGUGAUGCAUUGCUUGCUAGAUUAUGUUUAAGCAAAUCCACGUGGAAUGAUAGAAUUGAUACAUUUAAGAAAUGGGGUUGGUCGGAGGAAACUGUUAUGGAAGCUAUUAGGAAGCAGCCCAAAUGUAUGUUGGUAUCCGACGAAAAAAUCAAUAGGGUGCUGAGUUUUUGGGUUAAUGAGUUAGGUUGGGAUUCUUCUUACCUUGCUAAGGGACCAGGGAUGUUUUGUUAUUGUUUGGAGAAAAGGAUCAUUCCAAGAGCUAUGGUUGUCUUUUAUCUUCUAACCAAGGGUUUGAGAAGCGAGUUUGCUAGCUUGACAGGUCCAUUUUAUGCGUCUGAGAAAUUUUUUAUGGAAAGGUAUGUGUUAUUUUAUGAAGAGGAUGCUUCUCAUCUGUUGAAGUUAUAUCAUCAAAUGAUGAAGAUGGCAGAUAAGAAGGUACAGCAAAAUCAUAAGUCAUGGCAAAUCCCGUUUGUAAAACGUUUGAUUGUAGAAAAGUAGUUCACUUUGCUGGUUCUGGAACUAACUGAUUUAUCGGAGUGCUUUCUGCUGGCACCUCUUGUCACAAGGAAUUUCAGAUUGAUCAAUUUCGACAUCUGAAGACUUGUUUUACACCACGUCAGGUACUCCCUGGACCGGGAACAUUUUUGUAUGAAUAGAUAUUGAUUCUUCUCCAUUAUUUCUGAGUACUUCAUAUUGAAAUUAUAGGAAAGUUUUAGUGCUUGAACUAUUGUUUAAUAAAUUGUGGCUCAGUGGCUGGCAAUGGCAUUUUAAUUCAACGCCUACUGAUUUAUGUGUUGCAUUACUGUUAGUUACAGAAUCGACGGUUUACUUUUUUUUAGUUUUACAGUUUCUUCUAAUAAAAUGCUUUAGUGAGAAGUUUUUGAACUGGCAAUUAGUUGACUGUGAAUUGGUGUUCAUAAAGAAGCUUCUCCUUGCUCCUACUAUGUUUGAAUUAACGGAAAGGUAUAGGGUAGGGGGAGUGGAUGAAAUGGCAUUAGUGGUCGUUAUUUGGUAGUGGAAAGGAACCUAAUCUAUUCCAUCUAAAACUUCUAGUAUUUUACUUUUACCCAAUUUUGGGGGUAUGA